CGGCUAUUGGACUACAGGAUCUCGUUUGCGAAGAGUCGAGCAAUCAGCUGCGUGCCUGGCCUGAACUCCCCGCCCCCCUUGCUCAUGGCGGGAGCUUUCUAUUAAUUCAGAGAGUACGGAUCCGGAGUGUAGCACUGCUGACUGACUGCUGGCGGCCGGUGCGCGCUUACCGGUUGUCGGUGACCAUGGUUGGCACCGACGCGACAGGUGAAAUUGAAAGACUUUAUACGGCUGUACCUCAAAUUUGUAAUGUGUUCCAUGUUAUAGGAAAAAUUGGAGAAGGUACGUUUAGUUCCGUGUAUUUGGCGGUUGCAAGGUUAAAGUCGGGGGAAGAUGGGAAAUUUGCUUUGAAACAUGUCGUUCCUACAAGUCACCCCAACCGAACUGCAGCAGAACUUCAGUGCCUCGCUGUAGCUGGGGGUGAAGACAAUGUCAUGGGAGUAAAAUACUGCUUUAGGAAAAAUGACCACGUGGUUAUUGUUAUGCCUUAUCUGGAACAUGACUGCUUUGUGAAUAUUUUACCUACACUCAGCUUUCAAGAAGUGAAGGACUACAUAUAUAAUCUUCUGAAAGCUCUUAAACGAAUCCAUCAAUUUGGUAUUAUUCACAGAGAUGUUAAACCGAAUAACUUCUUGUACAACAGGAAGCUGAAGCAGUAUGCUUUAGUAGAUUUUGGAUUGGCGGAAGGAACGUCUGAUACACAAGUAGAACUUCUUAACGUCCUUCAGGCUAAAAAACAGGGGAGUUGCUCGCAAAGUAAACCUCACACAGUUUCAGGAAACAUCCCACCAGUACCUAGAGAAGUAGUUCUUCCAUCCUCCUCAAAGCAGUCUGUUAAAAGGCGGUGGCCACAUUUUCAGAUAAAUCGAAAGGAAGGAAGGCUUGGCAGUUCUCUACAAAGGACUGUGUUUGGAGAGAAGAAUUUUAAUGUUCAGAGUCCUGUCACUUUGGAAGUCAACACUACAAAAAAUGUAAAGCCGUCCAAGACAUUGGAUGUAAUAAGAAAAUUGGCAAAGACUGUUCCUGCAAAAAACACCAGUGAUGGGAUGGCGAGGAAAGCUGCCAGCCCGACCUGUGACUGCUAUGCCAGAGAUCAAGUCUGCUUUAGCUGCCUUUCAAGGAGCAGACAGAUUGCGCCAAGAGCUGGGACGCCUGGAUACCGUGCCCCAGAGGUGUUAAUGAAAUGCACACAUCAAACAACUGUUAUUGACUUAUGGUCUGCAGGCGUUAUGUUCCUCUCUCUUCUCAGUGGCAGAUACCACUUCUUUAAUGCUGUGGAUGACAUGAAUGCUCUGGCUCAGAUCAUGACAAUUCGUGGUUCAGGAGAAACUGUUCAAGCUGCUAAACAGUUUGGUAAAACUGUGCUUUGUAGCAAGAAACUUCCUGCAAAGGAUUUAAGAACACUGUGUGAAGGAUUAAGACGGCUGUUUACAGUCCCCAAAUCCAAUAGUGAUGCAGAAACGCAAAAGCAACGAGCCGCAUUACAAAUGAAAGUACUAGAAAAUGAAGACGGAUGGUUUGAUAAACAGCCUUGUGUUGCACCACCUGCUGAUCUGACCAACAAGAAGUCUCCAUCGGACAUCUCAGAACCUCAACAGUCUAAUAUCAGUGGUUGGGAUAAUGUGCCAGAUGAGGCUUACCAUCUAUUAGACAGACUGCUUGACAUGAAUCCAGCUACACGGAUCACAGCAGAGGAAUCUUUGUUACAUCCCCUCUUUAAAGAUCUCACUUGAGUACCCUGAGCACCUAGAAGCUUGGUUAAAAGCCAGUUUUCAGGGUUGUUUUUAUUUUUAACUUCCUUUUAUAGUAAAUGAUUUUAAUCAAACAUAAAAACACUGUUUUGUCUAGUG